CCCCAUUCGACCCAUACUUUGCAGCCACUGGAUGUUGUUAUGUUCAAGCCUCUGUCAACAAACUACACCAAAGAGCUCACCGAGUUUAUGGAUAAGUGUCAAGGGCUAUCAUCUAUCACCAAGUGUGACUUCUUUAAGCUCUUCUUUAAUGCCUGGAACAUCUCCUUCAAGGCAGAAACAAUAGUCAAAGCCUUCAAAGCCACCGGUAUUGUACCUCUCGAUCCAAAUAUCAUACUGCAACGAUUCAACACCAAGCAGCUCUCUCGACCCUCUACCAGUGACAGCUCAACCUCCGUGCUUAGUGCUUCAGAUUGGCAAAAGGUUGAGUGGUUGCUGAGGCAGGUAGUGAGUGAUAUAUAUGACAAUCAAGCUAAGAAGCUCAGCCAAAUGAUCCACACCAUCUCAGUGCAAAAAUCACUACUUCAACAUGAAAAUAAGCGGCUCAAAGAAGCUCUCAUCAAUGAGAAGAAGCGACAGCAGCGUAGUAAGCCCUUGCUGCUUCAAACUCCCGAUAAGUAUCACGGUGGCAUCAUGUUUUGGUCUCCAUCUAAAAUUCAAGACACCCACCUUCGUCAACACCAGAAAGAACUCGAGGAGAUGGAGAUACAACAACAAAAAAAUGAAGCAAUCAAGCUCCGUGAUGAGCAGAAGAAGAAUAAAGCUGCCUUGCUUGAAGAGAGGUGUCAUAUGAGGAAUGCAGCAAAGGAGAUGAAGGAUCGGGAAAAGGCCAUAAAGGCCGCUGCACACGAGGAGGAAAAGCUCGCUUGCCAGGCCAAGAAACAACUCCAAAAUGACAUAAAGUUAUCACAAAAAGGUAAUCGUCAAAGGCUCGAGCCUCAGUCAGCAGCUGCUCCCGCCGGUGUUGCUGUAGAUGAGGUAGUUGCCACAGGUGCUGCCAUCCCAUGUCCUCAACCUCAGUCCCGCCGCGAGCGCAACAUCAAUCUGCCGAAACGAUUCCAAUAGCGCAAAAUAAUGGAUGUACUAUAUAGACUACUCUUCCAAAAAGUUGUACAAUAAUAGCUCUUGUAUAAGGCUUAAUACCCUCGAGUUUGUAGAGGAUAGAUAGUGCCAAGCGUGCAUUACACGAGGUCGUGCACGGGCUGAUAAAACA